AUGGGCAUCUACGUCAACUAUAUGAUUUGCCUGGGGGAAGAGCAUCAGCAUUCAGUGAUGGCUACUGAGGAGAAACAACUUGACAUGUACUACGAAUAUGAGGAGCUUUAUUCUCGACCGUACAUUACACUUGGUUCUGACAUCCCAGAGAACCUCCUCCACCUCAAUCACUCGUUUGGCUACGACUGUCAGCGCAGAGAAAACCUGCAGCUGCUGGACGAUACAACACUGAUCUAUGUAGCUGGUCAUCUGCUCAUCCUGCUGGAUGUUUCCACCAAGCAGCAGAGAUACCUGCGCUCCUGCAGUGGUGGAGGAAUCGGCGCAAUCAGGGUAAACCCAAGCAGAGAGUAUUUUGCUGUGGCAGAGAAGGGAGUCAAGCCCCUCUUGAUAGUAUAUGAAUACCCUUCAAUAAAAACAUACCGCAUCCUCAGAGAUGGCACAGAUCUUGCAUACAGCUCUGUCAACUUUAACAUUGACGGUAGUCUCCUGGCCAGCCUGGGCAGUGCACCUGACUACAUGUUGACAGUGUGGAACUGGAGGCAAGAGGAAGUGAUGCUCAGGUGCAAAGCCAUUUCUCAGGAGGUCUACAAAGUCAGCUUCUCCCCGUACAACCCUGGACUACUGACGUCAUCGGGAUCGGGACACAUCAAGUUCUGGAAAAUGGCCGACACAUUUACAGGACUCAAACUAGAGGGGCUUGUGGGACAUUUCGGAAAAACAGCAGCUACUGACAUUGAAGGCUACAUGGAACUCCCAGAUGGAAAGGUGGUCUCUGGCUCAAACUGGGGCAACCUGCUGCUGUGGGAUGGCAACGGCAUCAAAGUGGAGCUCUGCAGCAAGGGAGGACAGUGUUGUCACGCAGGGUCUGUCCAGCCCUUUUCCUUGGAGGAUGGCCAGCUGAUGACUUUUGGCUCCGAUGGAGCGAUCCGGGGCUGGGACUUUGAGACCAUUGACAGCGCUGACAGCAUCGGCAAUAGCAGCAAGUUUGAGAUGAAGCCCAUAAACGAGUUGGUGGUUGGACACCACGUCUGCUUGUCGUCAAUAGUGAAAAGCUCCCAACAUGACUCGACUAUUUGGUUUGCUCAGGAUUCCACCGGAGCCAUUUGGAAACUGGAUCUUUCUUUCAAAUAUACAACUCCAGAUCCCGAGUGCCUCUUUUCCUUCCACAGUGGGCCAAUCAAGGGUCUGGAUGUGUCAAAACAAAGUCAUCUCAUGGCCACAACUGCUCUAGACCGUUCUGUCAGAGUCUUUGACUUUCUGGCAAAAACAGAACUGACCUGUAGCCGCUUCAGUCAGGGUGGAACUGCCCUCCACUGGGCGCCCCCUUCGGUGAACCAGACUGGAGGUUUGCUGGUGACCGGCUUUGAGGAUGGAGUGGUCCGCUUACUGGAACUUUUUGACCCCGCGGGGAUGCACAGCUCCAGGGGAGAUGAAGCCCAGCUGCGGCUCAGACAGGCCUUUAAGCCUCAUAACGCUUCUGUAACUGCUGUGGCGUAUGAAUGCAAUGGAAGAAUAUUAGCCACCGGGAGCUCAGACUGCACUGUGUUCUUCUUCGCUGUCGGGGAAAAGUAUGAGCCCAUUGGUUUUAUCUCUGUUCCCGGAUCAGUAAAGGUACUGGAAUGGUCACCUCGUUCCCAUAAUGUAAACAGGUUGUUGAUCGGGUGCCAAAGCGGUCAUAUUGUGGAGGUACCUUGUCCUGAUUCAAAAACCCUGAAGCUGACCAAAUCCUACGAACUGCUUGAACUGCCGAGGAGAUCCUUCUGCUUCAAGAGCAUCAAAUCUCGAAUCAAGAGAGAGGAGGAACAAGCAAGGCGACAAGCUUUAAAGGAGAAGCUACAAAAGAAUGAAAAUCGAACCACAGUGGAGAAGGAAGAGGACUUGCCUUCCAUCUAUAUCCCUAACCCUCCUAGUCCUCUCCACUGGGGGUUCUAUUCCCAGCCUGGUCAGUUCUGGCUCUCUAUGGGAGGAUUUGACUCCGGUUUCUUGUACCACUGUAAGUUCUCAGAGAAAAAGGAUGAGGACUCAGACCAGGAUGAGCCGUUUGACUUCAUCAAGGUCCACAAUGCCAAUGAUGACUCUAUAUGUUCCGUCACCUUCAGCGCCAACAGGAAGCUGAUGCUGUGUGGCAUGCACUCAGGCGCCAUCAGAGUUUAUCCUCUGGACCCUGACGAUUACUCCCUAACCUCCAUGCGAGCGUGCUGGGAACUGUGUAUCCACGAUAGCAAUUAUGGACACCUGCGGAACAUCUGCUGCAGCCAUGACGACCGUUUUGUGCUGACGGCAGGAGACGAUGGAAAUAUUUUCUCUUUCAGCCUGCUUCCUCAGGAGGAGCGGCAGAACAACUUCCAGAGAAAAAGAGCGGAGGUUCCUUCGACGAGGGUGGAUCUCGAGAAUGAGGCGUUAGCUCAAGACAUCGAUGACCCAGCAGCCUACAGCAUAGAGACGGCAAAACAGAAGCUGGAGCAAGACCGUCAGUGUCGGGAAGCAGAGAGGAAGAAAACUGACAAGCGAAAAAGGCUCAGAGAGAUCAGGGAACGGUUUAAGAAAUUGCUGAAGGAGAACCAGGAUCUGCCGGGACAUGUCCGGCUGACACCCACGGAAUUGCAGCUGGACCAACGUUUCGAAGAACUGGCUGAGAUAGAGAAGGCUGUGAAAUUAAGAGAAGUCCGAGACCAGAUGAGCUGGGAAGAGGAGUACUCCCAUGUAGCACUUAUCAAACUACAGACCUGGUUCAAUGGCUCCUCAGAGUCUGACAGACUCACUGUGUUUGCCAUCCACACUGGUCACAAUGUUUCUACCUACCAUAUUCCGGCACUUUCUUCAAUGCACGUCCAACAGCAAUGCAGAUCCGCAGAGUCCCACGGGAAUGAAACUGCUCAAAGCGAACGUCGAAAAUCUAAAGACCAACCUGUAAAAGACAGCAGCGAAACAGACGAGGAAGAUGUGCCUCACAGCCUGGUGACUCGUUCUUCGAGGAUAAAGCUGGCAGAUCGGCAAAUCGAACGGCUCCAAAAGGCUGCAGAGAAAGCUAAACAAGCGCAGGCCAAGAUUGAGAAGAGGAAGCAGGAAUGGGAUCAACUUUAUGCAGAGAAGCCGAAGAAGAACUGUGAAGAUCCACAAGAUGUGAAGGCUAUCAUUGAAGCCAAAGAGAACAUUGGAGACUUGAAACUUAAGACGGAUGAAAACUUCACUGUACCAAAACACCUGCGAAUGAGUGCAGACAGAAAGAAAUCUGAGAUGACAGACCUGGAGAACAAUAUACGUGAGAAACAGACUGAGCUAAACAGAGAGAUCUGGGCUUUGCGGGAUUCAAAACUUUGCCUCUUAUCAAAAUUACGGGCAACAGCUCAGCAGCUCGAGAGGGUCCAGAGCCUUCUGCCACCCCAUCUCCACCGCUGUCCACCCCACCUGCCCACUAUAAGACCGGAGGAAAUCCCAGACAAGAGGCAGCGAUGCAACCCAGCCACCUUGGACAGAUACAGGGUGCUGAGGGAGCAGAGGUUUCAGUGUACAGACCUGGAGAAUCAGGAGGUAGGUUUGCUCAAGGAACUAGAGAAAGAAGUGGAAGAAGUCGAGGAAAUUGGAAUAUUGUCAUCUCUAGCCAUCGAAGAAGAACAAGAAAAAGAGCCUACAGGAGAGCAAGAAGAACAUCUGUGCGAGGCGAACAAGGAGAGUAAAUUUCUCCACAUACAGGACUCUCUCUUAGAAAAGAUGGAAAGCUCGGUGCAUCAGUUUGACAAGGAGCACCUGAUGUGUCUCAAGAAGGUCCAGAUGCUGGACUGGAAGCUGAAACUUGGCGACCUUCAUCAGCUGACGCUCUACCAGGAACUGCUGCUCCUCAAGGAGGUGGACAAGAGUGAGAAAGCGUUGCAAGAGAAGCUGAACAUGCAUCUCAAAGAGGAGAACAAUUUGAUGUCUAAGCUGGAAGAGUGCCGGGAGGAGCUCGAAUUUAAGCACAGAGACAUAGCCAAGGUGCAGGAGAGAGACAGGGCUGUUUCCAAAGCCUUUCGGGCCUCUUUGGGUGACGACAAGAAGUUUGAAGAGUAUCUCCUCAAAGUUUUCAAGAAGAAAAUCAAACGUGCUAAACAGAAGGAGCCGGUAGGAAACACAGAAGGGGACCAUGACAGCGGUGAAGACUUUGAUGAUUAUGAAAACUGGGAUGAUGAUGAUGAUGAGGAGGAUUGGGAUGCACCGGAGGGAGAAGCUGCUGUAGAAGAAUGCCCUCAAGACUGUGACCCAAAGUUGUUUGAGCACGUACUGCAGCUGCGUGAACGCCGACUGGACCUGGAAGAACGGCUGGCAGAGGAGAAAAAGAGGGCCGACGUUCUGGAGAGAGAAUGUGACACGCUUAUUAAGAAGCUAAAAUUAGUGCAGAACAGUCGCAAGGCAGCAGAAGAAAACUUGGAGAAAGUUAACAGGGAAAAACAGCAGAAAAUGAACCAACUAGAUGUUGUGGUUCCCCUUCGGCUGCAUCAGAUUGAGUUUGAUAUCAACGGUCCUCUGCCUUUGGAUCUCAGCCGAGCGUUGGUGCUCAAUAGGAAGGAGCUGCAACAUCUGCAGGAGCGAGUGGUUCAGUUGGAGGUGGAAAAGAGCCAGCAGAGAGAAGUCUACAGUCAAGCUCGUCAGCAGUAUGCCAGGCUGGUUCAAGAACGCAAGGACAUGAACGCUGAGAUCCAGAUGUUGGAGAAGCAAUGCAACCAGCUUAUGAUGAGGAGGUUUGGGAGGGAGGUGGAUCUGGAGGUUCUGCAGACGCUGUCGGGGAACAGGUCGGUUGAGGAGCUGAAGCAGGAAAAACUCCUUCAAGAAGCCGCAAGUGCCGAAGAAAUCAAACAGUGGGAUAUGAAAGUAGAAAAGGCCCGUGACGCUCUGAUGACGAUGACAAGGAGCAACACCGAGCGCCUCCUUCGCUUGAAUCGGCUCUUCGAGCAGAAGAAAGAACUGGAGCAGAAACUUGACGCAAGGCAGAAGGAAAUUGGUAAACAGCUUCAAGACUGCAGCAGGCGCACGGAAAGAAAUGAAGUGUGGCGUCUUCAAGAGCUAGUGAGAAAACAGUCCCAGCAGUUGGAGAGCCUGAGCACAGGUGUCAACCUUCUCUCCCAUAAAGGAGGUCGCGUCCUGUCGAGCGGCCAGAACCUGCUGCCUCCCCUUGUGCCUUUGAGCAAGCCCACUGUGCAGACACACAGCAGCAACGCAGGUAGACCACAUUUGAGCAGGAGAGGCAGGAAGGCUUGUAACUGAGUGGAGGUUUAUUCACUAUACCAGGGGUCGGCAACCCAAAAUGUGGAAAGAGCCAUAUUGGACCAAAAAUACAAAAACAAAUCUGUCUGGAGCCGCAACAAAUUAAAAGCCAUAUUACAUACACAUAGUGUGUCAUGAGAUAUAAAUUGAAUUAAGAGGACUUAAA